CCAGAAUUAACACACUUUUCCGCUUGAUCCUGAAUGUUUGGCUGCUCCCCUUUGUGUGGAACAGACGGAGGAUGCUGUAAUGAGAGUCGGAUGCGAGAAGUGGUUUGACCUGUAGUCCGAGUUUUCUUCCAACCGUUCCCUGCGACUCACCUGCCGCAUCCUCACCGACCUGAAAGUCCAGUUUCGCGGCGAGAGCCCAACAGUGCGCAUGGCUCAUGAGGAAAAGAUAUAGUCCAUUGUCCAACCGAAAAAGCAAUUGUGUGGAAAAUGUAAAAGGAUAGUGCUGGGAAUUUCAGGUGUAUGCUGCAACUCUUUGCAUACUUCACAAACCCUGAGUAAACGUAUGGUGGUGGUGGUCCCUAAUGAGAUGUCUCUCCCAUCACGCCGUCCCUUCACCAGUGAAGAUGAGGCUUGGAAGUCUUACCUGGAGAACCCACUGACUGCUGCCACCAAGGCCAUGAUGAGCAUCAAUGGAGAUGAGGACAGUGUGGCUGCCUUGGGACUGCUUUAUGAUUACUAUAAGGUUCCUAAAGAAAAGAGGCUCCUACCAGUCCCCAAACUCCCAGAAGAACACGAAAAGAGGAUCGGUCAAGAUGACAUUGAGUCCACAGACAGUUGUAUUCAAGUCCUGAAGUCAGUUCCUGUCAACCUGUCUUUGAACACUGACGCACACAGUGCAGAGAGUAAGCAAGAUCUCUUCAGUACAGUGGAUGUUGAGGGGGGUGUUAUGGCUACUGUGAAGGCUGAGGUUUAUGCUCAGGCAUUCUCCAGCCAUCACCAACAGCACGGGCUUCAGUAUCAACGCAUGCCCUACCACCAGCCUUUGCAGGAGCCGGCGAGUGUCAGUCAUGAUGGAUACAUGAAGGACGGACAGUGCAGUACACCAGAUAGCACCUUUGAGGACUCUUACCCUGAAGAAACGAUGAAGUAUAGGGUACCCACCACACUAGGGGCCCAUGAUUUCACCCAGGGCCAUCCAGGGGUAGAAAUGUUCCAGUACAACAUAGAGGCGAGUCGCUCAGCCCGCGAGAAGGCCGAUGAGGGGCCGAUGAUCUAUCUGAACAAGGGCCAGUUCUACGGCAUCACCCUCAGUGAGUCUGGAGCCAAAAAGGGCCUUCGGCAUCCCAUCAGUAAAGUGCGGAGUGUGGUGAUGGUGGUGUUUGAACAGGAGAAGUGUCGAGAUGAACAGCUAAAGCACUGGAACUACUGGCACACCCGCCAGCACACAGCCAAGCAGAGAGUCCUUGAUAUAGCUGACUAUAAAGAGAGCUUCAACACCAUUGGUAAUAUCGAGGAAAUCGCCUACAAUGCUGUGUCCUUCACCUGGGAUGUCAAUGAAGAAGCAAAGGUUUUCGUUACGGUUAACUGUCUAAGCACAGAUUUCUCCUCGCAGAAGGGAGUGAAAGGUCUUCCACUCAUGAUCCAGAUUGACACCUACAGUUAUAAUAACAGGAGUAACAGACCCAUCCAUAGAGCAUACUCCCAGAUCAAAGUCUUUUGUGACAAGGGGGCUGAACGAAAAAUUCGCGAUGAGGAGAAAAAGCAGCUCCGGAAGAAGGUUAAAGGUCAAACUGUGGGUGGUCCGGGUCAUGAUAGAAAGAGAGGAGGUUUCACUACCUCACUGCAGAAGAAGUCAGAUAUUACGUUUUUCAAAACUAUGACAGACCUGGAGUCCCAGCCUGUCCUCUUCAUCCCUGAUGUCCAUUUAAGCAACCUCCAGAGAGCCGGUCAGGUGAGAAGCAGGGUGAUCAGUUUUGGCAUUGAAGAAACAGAGAGUGAUGGGGUGGCCUUGAAAAGGGGGUUCAGGUCUUCUGAGGAUGAUGUUUGUUCUCCAACCGCCAAAUACGGCAGAGACGAGAGGAGGGUUCUGCUGUAUGUAAGGAGAGAAUCUGAUGAGGUUUUUGAUGCACUGAUGCUGAAGUCUCCAACACUGACUAGUUUGCUUGAGGCAAUAUCAGGCAAAUAUUCUGUUCCUGUGGAGAAGAUGACUAAAAUAUACAAGAAAAGCAAGAAAGGUAUUCUGGUUAACAUGGACGACAACAUCAUUGAGCACUACUGCAAUGAGGACACGUUUAUUCUGGCCAUUGACAGUCAGGCUGACUGUUUCCGGGUCACUCUCACCGAAAUUUAAAGUUGGUGCACUAACUACAUGGAUCUGUUUGGAGGACAUGGGACCUUGAAACAGCAAAGUCAUUCUGUGCUGGUCUAUUUGGCCCAUAUAACCUCUGUUUUAGCAGAGAAAUUGCCUCCAGAAUUUAUUCACUUGGGAAUGCACAUCAACAGUCCUGCUUUUUCAGUUGAACUUGCUUGAAUGAACUUUAUGAUGGGCAAUUUGAACUACAGGUGAAAGGUUACCCCAAAGCUCAAAGUUAAUUUUUACAUCUUUCCUCUGUUAUAUGCUGUCUCCCCCUUGUGACCAACAGGGUGAAACAUGUACACACAGGUCAUGGUUUUCUUACACAACAUUCCUUUAUAAAUAGUGCCCGCAGAUCAAAUGUGACUGUUAAGGGAUUAUAAAUGUCUCACUAUUUCUUUCUCAUCUAUGGCAAAGUAAAAUUGUGUUGUACAUCAAAUAUCAUGAAAACUGGCCCAGAUGUUACUGCUGUGAAUACACACUACACUUUACCUUAUGUGUUAUGUGGAAUGCAUGUCAAUUUUACAUAUAUUCCUUAUUGUGUUGUACGUUGAUGUUUUGAUGUCUUUUUAAAAAUGUAUUUUGUACAUAUUUUUAUGCACUAUUUUAUCAGUUGGAUAAACUCACAAUUCCAGAGAAUCUUCACUCACAUUUACUUGUUUGAUAAAUCGUUAUCUGGUCACUUCUAACACCUGCAAAAACAGUCUAUCAGCUUUCACUCAAACUUCCGUAUUUGUGUACGAACAAUGCAAUGUUUUAAAAUGUAUUGAAAGAUGGCUCUCAUCUAUUCACUUGCUGCAUUUGACAAAAACAAAAAUGAUGAGUUUUGUAACACUUGAAACAUGCAGGUCAUAUUGCAGAGCUUGAGAAGUAUUAUGAAGAGGAGAAUUCAGUAAAACAGCAACCAAACUGCCUCGUUUUGAGUCUUGGCGACUGUGCCUGGUUUAUUUUUCUUACUGAUCAUUAAUCUAAGCAGGAUGCUUAUCCUCCAAUCAGCUUUUUUGCCCUUAAUAAGGCAGGGUUAUUAAUAGCACUAUCAAUCAAAUCAACUAUUUACAAAAAAAAAUAAAAAAAUGGAAAUGGGAACUAUAAACAUGGAGAGACAUUUGGCAGUGUGGUAUCUUUGGUAAUUUUGGCAAAUAUGGGGAAUCUCAACAAUUCAUAAGACAAUAAGUGGAAGCUAAAGAUGAGAUCUGACUGUCUUGAAAAUGUAUAUUGAAUGCAUUACAUGAGAAUGUGAUGUUAGAUUAUUUGAACAAAAAUAAA